CACCUCCAACCACCUCUACAACAACCCCACCAACCACUAAAACAUCACCACCAACCACUACAACAGCACCUCCAACUACCAGUACAACAACACCACCAACCACUACAACAGCACGUCCGAACACCACUACAACAACAUUAACCACUACAACAGCACCUCCAACCACCACUACAACACCACCACCAAGCCCUACAACAGCACCAUCAACCAUUACAACAGCGAAAGCCCUGCAAGCACUGGCACAUAUGAAGAUGAGGAUAACUACCUACGGAGUGGUCAGCAAUGCAACCAUCAUUAAACGUAUUGAAGAGUUUUUUAGCAACCAGAUCCUGAAUGGAACAGCCCACAGUCUCUCUGUGACAAAUAUUCAACAAGUGAGAGUUGGCCCAUAAAAGCUUUGCAUGGACAGAAGUCAAAAGUGACUGAAUAAAGACAACAAUUCAAGGAUGUACUUGGUUUAACAUAAUGUGAAGCAGCAGUAUGACUGAACUGUCAAGAGGUGUUAUCAGUUCUUCAGCUCGAGAAGCAGAGGUCACUCUGACAAGCCUGGUAACCAGAAAACUGUAAAGCAAGCUUCUUGCUUAUAUAGACAAAGAAAAGUGAGUGAAGCAUACCAAGUGCAUGAAUACUGUCCCUCAAAUCGGGAAAAUCAAUUGUCUGGCAGAUAUUACUGGCAGAACUUGUUAUUAUGAGUGAUUCUGUUGUACUCAAGGUCACCUUUCCAGUUCAUUGGCAAGACAGAAUUUGAAAGCAUUCCUUUGUAUUUUACUUUAAAGAAUAACUAAAAUUUGGAGGAUGUACAACAUACUGUGUGUGCAGAGAAACUCUGAGAAAGUUUCUGUCAUGCAAGCCAACAUUGUUGAGUGAUUGUUUAAAUGUCUUAUUUGGCAAACUCCCUCUCUUGCCAUUCAAAUGUCAGGUGCAUUUUAAUGUUGGGAGAAAAUGUUUUGUUUUGUUUUUGUUUUAUAGCAAUAAAUCUAUGCAACAUA